GACGUUUGUUGUCCAAAAAGAAGAGACAAACUCCCAUUGUUUGUGUUGGCAUUCAACAUGCAAGGUAGAGAGGAAACACACACGUCCUCUUACAGUCCACCAGCUUCAAUGGAUUUACAUAUGCCUCAGUCGUUUUCAUACUACAGUUGCAUCAUGGAAAACAACGCCGUGUUCUCGGGACAGCCCAUGGCUUACACCAAAGUAUAUGGAAGUCUGGAAAACUGUGGCAGACAACUCCACGACGAUCUUCACACGAACGGGUCUCUGAACUCGAGAAUUCUGGAGUUACGGAAAGAAAAAUCUCGCGAUGCCGCCAGAUCGCGCCGCGGAAAAGAGAAUUUUGAGUUCUAUGAACUAGCCAAAAUGUUGCCAUUGCCGUCUGCCAUCACUUCCCAACUGGACAAAGCCUCCAUUAUCCGGCUCACCAUUGCUUUUUUGCGAUUGCGGGAGUUUGCGGCCAACGGGGCUGAAAAAUGGACCAAGGACAACAACAACCGAAUCAAGUCCAAAAUUGGUCGGAAACAUUUGUCAAAUCUCGUUGUGGAUGUGUACCAAGAACAUGAGGGGACACAUAUCCUCCAAUCACUCGAUGGAUUCGCCAUCUCUCUCAACGCCGAUGGGAGGUUUCUUUACAUCUCAGAGACUGUUUCCAUUUAUCUCGGUUUAUCCCAGGUGGAAUUGACGGGGAGCAGCGUCUUUGAUUACGUUCACCAAUCGGAUCAUAAUGAAUUAGCGGAACAACUUGGUGUGACUUUGGCCGGAAAUCGACAAGACAUGAAUGAGGACACAAAGUCAUUCGGCUCUUGUCCCAGUAUUCCUGAUGUUUGCUACCCGGUGACAUCACUCAUGUAUGUAAACAAACAGAACAUGAACGCCCCUAAUGCCUCGUACGAUCGCGCAUUUUGCAUCCGCAUGAAGUCCACCCUCACCAAAAGAGGUUGUCACUUUAAGUCUUCGGGAUAUAGGGUUGUUCUAGUGUUGGGCAAGCUCCGCCCUGUGGGUAACAAUGAGAACAAGAAGAGCUCUCUAAUGCGGGAUGGCACGCCUUCCAUAUCCGGUUUCAUUGGGCUGGCCAUCGCUCUUCCCCCUCCGAGUGUACAUGAAGUCCGUUUGGAAAGCGACAUGUUUGUCACUCGCCUCACAUUUGACUUCAGAAUCGCGCAUUGUGAACCAAAGAUCUCUGAGCUCUUAGACUACUCCUGUGAUGAUGUGGUUGGCUUGUCAUUGUAUGCUCUUUGUCAUGGUGAAGAUGUGCACAAGAUUCGAAAAAUGCACGAGGAUUUGCUCAACAAAGGCCAAGUGAUGAGCAAUUAUUUUCGACUUAUAAACAAAUAUGGCGGAUACACGUGGAUGCAAAGCUGCGCUACUUUGAUUUGCAACACGAAAAACUCCGAGGAGCAGAGCAUUGUGUGUGUCAAUUAUGUCUUAAGCGGCCCACAGUAUAGCAACUUUGUUAUGGAUACUUGUCAAAUACCCACCGAAGCCAAAUGUAAGCCAGACCAUUCUAACCUAUCAAAAAAGUCUACAUCCCCGACAGUAUUUCAACCUAAGUCUGAUGAAACAUGUGAUCGGAGAGAUGGUCAUACUCUCUGUCUAGAUAAUAACAAAAAUCUUGCUCGGAGCAAUUCAGAAGACGAGUCACAACAUCAUCAGUCACAACAACAACAACAACAGCCGCAGCAACAACAACAACAACAACAGCAGCAAACCGAGUCUCCCGAUGACAUAAGGCGAUCAGGAAACCGAAGUGAUUGGCCAUUUUGGAGACCUCCGACCCUAAUGUAAAGUGCCAUCAAGAAGAAGGGCAAUCUACCUAGAGAUCAUCAGGCAUUGUCUUAAAAACACUUAAUGUUAUUUAAUGCUGAUUUCAGAUAAUUUCAAAUAAAAAAUUGCGACACUUUUCUCCA